AUGGAAGCGGCACCGGACAUUGGCGAUCCGAUGAGCGUGCGUGCUCUGAAGGACAUCACUUUCGGCAGUAUCGCUGGAAUAACCUCCAAGUUCUUUGAGCAUCCAUUCGACCUCACAAAAGUGCGGCUGCAGUCUCAAGUCUUGGAUGAGACGGCGCGAUUCAGCGGGCCCAUUGAUUGUCUGAGGCAAACAUUCAAGAAUGAGGGCAUUCGUGGGCUGUACAGGGGUCUCCCCGCUCCGAUCGUAGGCGCAAUGGCCGAGAACGCAUCACUAUUCUGGGCGUACACCGAACUGCAGAAUCUCAUCCGACGCAUGAGUGAGACGCCAGAGUCCCAAAGACUGUCUCUCGCACAGCUUGCACUGGCGGGUUCAGGCGCAGGCUCCAUCACGAGCUUCGUUCUCACCCCGAUCGAGCUCGUGAAGUGCAAGAUGCAGGUGCAGAUGCUUAUGGCGCCAAGUGGGGCGACGCUGCCCGGUCCGCUCGCGGUGCUUUCCUCUGUCCUUCGUGAGGGAGGGUUGCGCGGGCUAUGGCUCGGGCACACAGGCACUUUCAUCCGCGAAACCGGUGGUGGCGCGGCAUGGUUCGCGUCGAAGGAGGGGGUCGCGAGGCUCCUGCUACAGCGGCGGCACGCAUCCGACAAGCACGAGCUGCACGGGUGGGAAUCCGCGGUAUCUGGCGCGUGUGCGGGGGUGGCGUACAACGUCGCCCUGUUUCCCGCGGACUCAGUCAAGAGCACUAUGCAGACGGAACAGGAACUGCGUCCACGCGCUCUUGGUGAGCCGGGCCCAACAUUCGUGGGCACGUUACGCGCGAUGUGGAGAGCACAAGGUCUGAAAGGCCUCUAUGCAGGCUGUGGGAUCACCGUCGCCAGAGCUAUCCCCAGUAGUGCACUCAUUUUCUUCAUUUACGAUGGAUUGAGUAAGAGAUUUAGUUCAUGA